GCGUCGUCAGUCGAGUUCACAUCGCGCCGAGUCACAGCGGUCCGGUCGGUAUCGCCUCGCUUUCGCGUAAAAAGUUUCUACGCCACGAAACUUACGAUCUCUGUUGUAACACAACUUACUAGUAAUUGUCGACUGUUAUGCUGAAAGUUUAUAAGACGGUCAUUUUUGUUGUGUAGUUUUUAGUUGUUGUUUGUGAUUUGCUUUUUGUAAAAGACUUGAAACGAUUAAUAGAAGGUACAGUGGGCGUCAAAUAAAGCAUUUUAAUUCUGGCGAGCUGAUUAUGGUCUGCGCCACCGAUGGGAUGUUCAGUCGGUGAGGCUUGGGGCCGCAGGUUCUUGAUGCUGCUGCAGGGCGAAGGCCGGGGGCCCGCCAUGGAGGAGGAGUGCUCGGUACGGCCCUGCGCCACGGACUUCUCUAUCGCGGCCAUCAUGGCCAGGGACCGCCAGGAGCGGAGGGCCAGGAGGCACAGGGACCCGAGGGAAGACACGCUUACACCACUAGAAAAGUUCGUGGACGCUACAGCAUCCGCCUCUGGGUCUCCGUCACCUCCUCUCCCCGAGUAUGAGCGCGACUCUCCCGUCGACGUGUCCUCUACGUCGGAAGCUGGCUCGGCGAGCGGCGCGCCGAGCGGCUCGCGCGCCGUCUCCCCCCCGCCCCGCAACCCGCAGCUCGCCGAGCGCUGGUCCAGCGAGGAGAUGAGGCACAUACAGUGCCACCUGGAGACUAAGGAGCUGUGGGACAAGUUCAAUGACCUUGGCACGGAGAUGAUCAUCACUAAGACUGGAAGACGCAUGUUCCCGACGGUGCGCGUCUCGUUCGCCGGCUGCCGCUCGGAGGCGCGCUACGCGGUGCUGCUGGACGUGGUGCCGGUGGACGGCAAGCGCUACCGCUACGCCUACCACCGCUCCUCGUGGCUGGUGGCGGGCAAGGCGGACCCGCCCGCGCCCGCGCGCCUCUACCCGCACCCCGACUCGCCCUUCUCCGGCGACCAGCUGCGCAAGCAGGUCGUGUCCUUCGAGAAGGUCAAGCUCACCAACAACGAGAUGGACAAGAAUGGACAGCUGGUGCUGAACUCGAUGCACAAAUACCAACCCCGCAUCCACCUGGUCCUGCGGCGGGAAGGCGCGAUCAACGCGCCCAUAACAGAUCUGGAGCAAGAGGAAUUCAAGACAUUCAUCUUCCCGGAGUGCGUGUUCACCGCAGUGACAGCUUACCAGAACCAACUUAUUACUAAACUCAAAAUAGACAGCAAUCCCUUCGCGAAGGGGUUCCGAGAUUCCUCACGUCUCACUGAAUUUGAGAGAUUCUAUAUCACGGGGGAGCACGAAAGAUCAUCACUCUUUCCCGAUGACGCGCGCUUCAGCGCCGCCAAUCCUAGGGAGACGAUGGAGUCGAUGCUCGCUGAGCAGCACUAUUUGCGUUCGCCUCUGCGGCCGUUCGAUAUGGAUCAGCAUAACAACAACUUAACUCUGGAGGAGAAGGCGAUUCUUGCUGCUCGAUCGCAGCUGUUUCUCCGCGCGGCGUAUCCGCUAUACGGUGUACCGGCUGCGGCGCUGUGGGGACAGUGGGCUUGUUUAGCUCCGCAGCUGUUGGCACAGCAGCAUUUGGCCUCCGGGUCGGGGCUGCAGUUGCCGCGACCGGUGUACCCCGGCGGAGUGCCUACGCUGGCGCAGCACCGGUUCUCUCCGUACCCUCCGCGCCGGUCGUCGCCCGGGUCGUCUCCGGACUCUCUCCGCGAUGCGAGUCCUCACUCGUUGCCGCCUCACCCCCCGCACACCCCGCACCCGCCGCACAGUCCCACUUAGUGCAGUACUGUACGACUCGAUCUCCUUCACAUUACGAACCUAGCGGAUUAUUAGAAGAAUAAUGAAAUGACGCUGUAAUUGCGGUUGCACUUCUGUUUAAUUUUUAGUGCAUAGUAUUAUGUUAUAAACAUUGGAAUGUUUUAGUGCUUUCACCGGUUGCGUGAGUGAUAAUAAAUAGACAGUGAAAUGAACAGUACGACCCUAUGCUAGGUCAUCGGUGUAUAAUAUUGUAAAAUAAAAUAUUUAAAUAUAGUUUAAGAUUGUAAUUAGUUAUUGUUAUAAUAGAAUAACAUUAUUAUGUUCCUAAUAAAGUUUUUAGAAUUGGUUUCGAGAUAGUGUGUCAUAAUUACUUGACAUUUGUGGACGAUAGUAAGUGAACGGAGGGAGUGAACGAUUUAAAUGACAAUAUCUACAUAUCGUUUUUUUUUAAUAAUUUGGAAAAAUUCUAUUGGUUAGGUAAAAUGUGCAAUACAAAAGAAAACCAUAAUGUUCUACUAGCAAACAUAGAUGUUUGUAGUAUAGAUGUUAUAAAUAAAUUGUAGAUAUAUUCGCUGUCUGUGUUUAAGGUACUCUGUGGAAAUUCGUCGAGGCGGAUAUAAUUAGGUACCUAUAUUAACUAUGUAGUUAAAUUAUAGUUAUUAUAAAUAAUAUAUUGAUAAAGAAAAAAAUUAAAUGUUUGUUAACAUAAUUA